AGAAAUUAUUAAGUGAUUUAUAUAUAUAUAGAUAUAGAUAUAGAUAUAAAUAGUAUACACACACACAGACACAGGUGGUGCAGGCAAGCACAACAUGUCUGCGGUAGUGUGUGGGAAAAGAUCAUCAUAUUUUUUUGAAGAUCAUUCCACCACUUCAUCCUCCUCAUCACCUUCUUCACCUCCUUCUUCCAAAAGAAUCCGUUGUUUUUCGCCUUCUUCGUCGUCUCGGUUUUUCGCACUCGAUCGUCUCGUUGCGUUGUUUCCUGAUAUGGAUAAGCAGGUCCUUGAAAGAACCCUCAACCAAUGUGGUGAUGAUAUAGAAACCGCUAUUAAAAGUCUUACCGAGCUACGCUUAGCCUCUAAUGAGAAUGUUGUUAGAAACGAAUCAGAUUAUCGUAGUCAAACAAAUGCUAAUGGGUUGGCAAAUGGUGAGGCUGUGCCUGUUGAGAGUUCAACGCUUCAGAAACAACCGGUAGAUGGUGCAGAUUGGGUGGAUCUUUUUGUUAGGGAAAUGGUGAAUGCCUCGAACAUGGAUGAUGCACGAACCCGUGCUUCAAGAGCACUUGAGAUGUUGGAGAAAUCUAUAUAUGAACGUGUUACUACCGAGGCUCGUGGCAUUCAGCAGGAAAAUAUGAUUAUGAAGGAACAACUCCAAGCUUUAGUUCAGGAAAACACGCUCUUGAAGCGAGCUGUUGCAAUUCAGCAUGAACGCCAAAAAGAAUUUGAGGAUAGGGGCCAAGAAUUGCAUAACCUUAAGCAGAUGGUAUCUCAAUACCAAGAGCAGUUGAGAACUCUUGAGGUCAACAACUAUUCUCUGACAUUGCACCUUAAGCAGGCUCAGCAAGGUAGCUCCAUUCCUGGGCGUUUCCACCCUGAUGUAUUUUAAUUAACAUAACUCCUCGAUGAGGAGAGACCAUACUGGGACACCUUAUUAAUGUGGUGAAAGAAGCUAAUACACCAGUACACAUUAAUACACUUAUCAUUUUCGUUUUGUACCUUAUAAAAGCCUAAUCUUGUAAUGAUUAUGAUCUACAAUAGAUCAUUUAAUUUGUCCAGACAUGUAUUGUAUGACGAAAAUAUCAAUUACACAUCUUUAUAAUACAAAGUGGCUGUUACAUAA